UUAUUAGGGUUUAUCACUUCCGGUGUUGCUUCAAAGAGAGACUUCCACAAGUGAACAAUGCUAGAUCCGAGCAUGGGGAAGAACCACUAGUGAACCCGAUUGCUUCAUGGGAAGUAUGCUAACACCGAUCUUCCGUAAGAUCAAAAUCGACCUCGUCAGUUGCUACCAAGAACCAGAGCAAGGGAAGCUCAACCGCGAAUAUUUUGUACUGGCCGAAUUUCUCGAGGACACAACAGAUGCGAGGGAACAUCGCUAUGUGUACACCAAUCGCAAACACGAAAAACGCUCCUUCUCACUCCCCAACACCGACUUGACAUCGAUCACAUCACUCGCCAACAUUAGUUUUGAGCACAAGGGAGAAGAUCUUACUGUUUUGGUUCCAAAGGGAAAAAGAGGCAAAACCGAGGAACCUGAAACCGAUGAGCCACAAGCCGUAAGUGAUCCUUGGGAACUCCCGAAAUUACCUUUCGAGCCAAAGACAGAACGGGAGAAGAUCUUCUACAAUGCUUACAAGAUCCAAAAUACGAUGAACAUGAUGGCCAAGAACAAGUGUAAUUGGAUAAAGUCAAAGUUAAGUAAGAUUCCUGGUUAUGACUCGGAUGAAGACGAGUUCAUUGCACAAGAAGAAGGACGAGCAAUAGAUAGAGAUCAAGAAGCUCAUGCUUGUGAGAGAGUUCUUUGCGUCGGUGGAGCUUUAUACAUGAAACCAAGGAUUCCCAAGCCAGAUGAAGGGGUUUUGAAGUUUGUUUGUAAUGGAUAUGCCUUUAACCUCACCAUUGCCGAGGUUUGUGAGAUUUAUGGGUUUCGGUACGGAAGCGAGACCAAGUUCGGAGACUUCGCUAGCGCGGAUUCCUUUUGGAAUACGAUAGCUAAGGAGAAUACUAAUGGAAAUCUCAAUGCUAAAAAGAAUCCCAAAUCUUCUCACAUUCGGAAUCCUGCAAUCCGCUACAUCCACAGGUUACUCGGCAACACCUUCUUCGCAAUGAAGCAAUCUGGAGAGGUUAGGCGAGACGAAUUGUGGUUACUCUUCAUGGGCGUGAGAAGAUAUAUGGUGGACGAACAUUGUGCGAUGUUCAGUGAUGUUGAGGUCAAAGAUGUCAACUUGGGGUGUGUUUUUGCUAAGGAGUUAACUAAGAUCCGAGCAUGGGGAAGAACCACUAGUGAACCUGAUUGCUUCAUGGGAAGUAUGCUAACACCGAUCUUCCGUAAGAUCAAAAUCGACCUCGUCAGUUGCUACCAAGAACCAGAGCAAGGGAAGCUCAACCGCGAAUAUUUUGUACUGGCCGAAUUUCUCGAGGACACAACGGAUGCGAGGGAACAUCGCUAUGUGUACACCAAUCGCAAACACGAAAAACGCUCCUUCCCACUCCCCAACACCGACUUGACAUCGAUCACAUCACUAGCCAACAUUAGUUUUGAGCACAAGGGAGAAGAUCUUACUGUUUUGGUUCCAAAGGGAAAAAGAGGCAAAACCGAGGAACCUGAAACCGAUGAGCCACAAGCCGUAAGUGAUUCUUGGGAACUCCCGGAAUUACCUUUCGAGCCAAAGAUGGAACGAGAGAAGAUCUUCUAUAAUGCUUACAAGAUCCAAAAGACGAUGAACAAGAUGGCCAAGAACAUGUUUAAUUGGAUAAAGUCAAAGUUAAGGAAGAUUUCUGGUUAUGUCUCGGAUGAAGACGAGCUCAUCGCACAAGAAGAAGGACGAGCAAUAGAUAGAGAUCAAGAAGCUCAUGGUGAGCAACUGGAUGUUGAAACCAUGGACUUUCUCUAUCCUGAGCUUGUGAGAGAGUUCUUUGCGUCGGUGGAGCUUAUCUACAAGAAACCGAGGAUUCCCAAGCCGGAUGAAGGGGUUUUGAAAUUUGUUUGUAAUGGAUAUGCCUUUAGCCUCACCAUUGCCGAGGUUUGUGAGAUUUAUGGGUUUUGGUACGGAAGCGAGACCAAGUUCGGAGACUUCGCUAGCGCGUAUUCCUUUUGGAAUACGAUAGCUAAGGAGAAUGCAAAUGGAAAUCUCAAUGCUAAAAAGAAUCCCAAAUCUGCUCUCAUUCGGAAUCCUGCAAUCUGCUACAUCCACAGGUUACUCGGCAACACAUUCUUCGCAAGGAAGCAAUUUAGAGGGGUUAGGCAAGACGAAUUGUGGUUACUCUUCAUGGGCGUGAGAAGAUAUAUGGUGGACGAACAUUGUGCGAUGUUCAGUGAUGUUGAGGUCAAAGACGUCAACCUUGGGUAUGUUUUUGCUAAGGAGUUAACUAAGAUCCGAGCAUGGGGAAGAACCACGAGUGAACCCGAUUGCUUCAUGGGAAAUAUGCUACACCGAUCUUCUGUAAGAUCAAAAUCGACCUCGUCAGUUGCUACCAAGAACCAGAGCAAGGGAAGCUCAACCGCGAAUAUUUUGUACUGGCCAAUUUUCUCGAGGACACAAUGGAUGCGAAGGAACAUCGCUAUGUGUACACCAAUCGCAAAACACGAAAAACGCUCCUUCCCACUCCCCAACACCGACUUGACAUCGAUCACAUCACUCGCCAACAUUUGUUUUGAGCACAAGGGAGAAGAUCUUACUGUUUUAGUUCCAAAGAGCAAAAGAGGCAAAACCGAGGAACCUGAAACCGAUGAGCCACAAGUCGUAAGUGAUCUUUGGGAACUCCCGGAAUUACCUUUCGAGCCAAAUAUGGAACGGGAGAAGAUCUUCUACAAUGCUUACAAGAUCCAAAUGACGAUGAACAAGAUGGCCAAGAACAAGUUUAAUUGGAUAAAGUCAAAGUUAAGGAAGAUAUCUGGUUAUGUCUCGGAUGAAGACGAGUUCAUUGCACAAGAAGAAGGACGAGCAAUAGAUAGAGAUCAAGAAGCUCAUGGUGAGCAACUGGAUGUUGUGGAGCUUAUAUACAAGAAACCGAGGACUCCCAAGCCGGAUGAAGGGGUUAUGAAGUUUGUUUGUAAUGGUUAUGCUUUUAGCCUCACCAUUGCCGAGGUUUGUGAGAUUUAUGGGUUUCGGUACGAAAGCGAGACCAAGUUCGUAGACUUCGCUAGCGCGGAUUCCUUUUGGAAUACAAUAGCUAAGGAGAAUGCUAAUGGAAAUCUCAAUGCUAAAAAGAAUCCCAAAUCUUCUCUCAUUCGGAAUCCUGCAAUCCGCUACAUCCGCAGGUUACUCGGCAACACCUUCUUCGCAAGGAAGCAAUUUGGAGGCGUUAGUGAUGUUGAGGUCAAAGACAUCAACUUGGGGUGUGAUUUUGCUAAGGAGUUAACUAAGAUCCGAGCAUGGGGAAGAACCACUAGUGAACCUGAUUGCUUCAUGGGAAGUAUGCUAACACCAAUCUUUCGUAAGAUCAAAAUCGACCUCGUCAGUUGCUACCAAGAACCAGAGCAAGGGAGGCUCAACCGCGAAUAUUUUGUACUGGCCGAAUUUCUCGAGGACACAACGGAUGCGAGGGAACAUCGCUAUAGAAAGGGAGGCUCAACCGCGAAGAUUCCUGGUUAUGUCUCGGAUGAAGACGAGUUCAUCGCACAAGAAGAAGGACGAGCAAUAGGUAGAGAACAAGAAGCUCAUGGUGAGCAACUGGAUGUUGGUGAGAGACGGACUCAAAGAAGAUGCGCAAAAAUCAUUGAGGAAAUGGGACUCACCAAAUUCUCAGAAACCAUGGACUUUCUCUAUCCUGAGCUUGUGAGAGAGUUUUUUGCGUCGGUGGAGCUUAUAUACAAGAAACCGAGGAUUCCCAAGCUGGAUGAAGGGGUUUUGAAGUUUGUUUGUAAUGGAUAUGCCUUUAGCCUCACCAUUGCCGAGGUUUCUAAGGAGAAUGCUAAUGCAAAUCUCAAUACUAAAAAGAAUCCCAAAUUUUCUGUCAUUCGGAAUCCUGCAAUCCGCUACAUCUACAGGUUACUCGGUAAGACCUUCUUCGCAAGUAAGCAAUUUGGAGGGGUUAGGCAAGACGAAUUUUGGUUACUCUUCAUGGGCGUGAGAAGAUAUAUGGUGGACGAACAUUGUGCGAUGUUCAGUGAUGUUGAGGUCAAAGACGUCAACUUGGGGUGUGUUUUUGCUAAGGAGUUAACUAAGAUCCGAGCAUGGGGAAGAACCACUAGUGAACCUGAUUGCUUCAUGGGAAGUAUGCUAACAUCGAUCUUCCGUAAGAUCAAAAUCGACCUCGUCAGUUGCUACCAAGAACCAGAGCAAGGGAAGCUCAACCGCGAAUAUUUUGUACUGGCCGAAUUUCUCGAGGACACAACGGAUGCGAGGGAACAUCGCUAUAGCAAGGGAGGCUCAACCGCGAAGAUUCCUGGUUAUGUCUCGGAUGAAGACGAGUUCAUCGCACAAGAAGAAGGACGAGCAAUAGGUAGAGAACAAGAAGCUCAUGGUGAGCAACUGGAUGUUGGUGAGAGACGGACUCAAAGAAGAUGCGCAAAAAUCAUUGAGGAAAUGGGACUCACCAAAUUCUCAGAAACCAUGGACUUUCUCUAUCCUGAGCUUGUGAGAGAGUUUUUUGCGUCGGUGGAGCUUAUAUACAAGAAACCGAGGAUUCCCAAGCUGGAUGAAGGGGUUUUGAAGUUUGUUUGUAAUGGAUAUGCCUUUAGCCUCACCAUUGCCGAGGUUUGUGAGAUUUAUGGAUUUCGGUACGGAAGCGAGACCAAGUUUGGAGACUUCGCUAGCGCGGAUUCCUUUUGGAAUACGAUAGCUAAGGAGAAUGCUAAUGCAAAUCUCAAUACUAAAAAGAAUCCCAAAUUUUCUCUCAUUCGGAAUCCUGCAAUCCGCUACAUCUACAGGUUACUCGGUAUGACCUUCUUCGCAAGUAAGCGAUUUGGAGGGGUUAGGCAAGACGAAUUUUGGUUACUCUUCAUGGGCGUGAGAAGAUAUAUGGUGGACGAACAUUGUGCGAUGUUCAGUGAUGUUGAGGUCAAAGACGUCAACUUGGGGUGUGUUUUUGCUAAGGAGUUAACUAAGAUCCGAGCAUGGGGAAGAACCACUAGUGAACCUGAUUGCUUCAUGGGAAGUAUGCUAACAUCGAUUUUCCGUAAGAUCAAAAUCGACCUCGUCAGUUGCUACCAAGAACCAGAGCAAGGGAAGCUCAACCGCGAAUAUUUUGUACUGGCCGAAUUUCUCGAGGACACAACGGAUGCGAUGGAACAUCGCUAUGUGUACACCAAUCGACUCAAAGAAGAUGUGCGAAAGAUCAUUGAGGAAAUGGGACUCACCAAAUUCUCAGAAACCAUGGACUUUCUCUAUCCAGAGCUUGUGAGAGAGUUCUUUGCGUUGAUGGAGCUCAUAUACAAGAAACCGAGGAUUCCCAAGCCGGAUGAAGGGGUUUUGAAGUUUGUUUGUAAUGGAUAUGCCUUUAGCCUCAUCAUUGCCGAGAAUAUGAUAGCUAAGGAGAAUGCUAAUGGAAAUCUCAAUGCCAAAAAGAAUCCCAAAUCUUCUCUCAUUCGGAAUCCUGCAAUCCGCUACAUCCACAAGUUACUCGGCAACACCUUCUUUGCAAGGAAGCAAUUUGGAGGGGUUAGGCAAGACGAAUUGUGGUUACUCUUCAUGGGCGUGAGAAGAUAUAUGGUGGACGAACAUUGUGCGAUGUUUAGUGAUGUUGAGGUCAAAGACGUCAACUUGGGAUCAAAAUUGACCUCUUCAGUUGCUAUCAAGAACCAGAGCAAGGGAAGCUCAACCGCGAAUAUUUUGUACUGGCCGAAUUUGUUGAGGACACAACGGAUGCGAGGGAACAUCGCUAUGUGUACACCAAUCGCAAAACACGAAAAACGCUCAUUCCCACUCCCCAACACCGACUUGACAUCGGUCACAUCACUCGCCAACAUUUGUUUUAAGCACAAGGGAGAAGAUCUUACUGUUUUGGUUACAAAGAGCAAAAGAGGCAAAACCAAGGAACCUGAAACCGAUGAGCCACAAGCCAUCCAAAAGACGAUGAAAAAGAUGGGCAAGAACAAGUUUAAUUGGAUAAAGUCAAAGUUAAGGAAGAUAUCUAGUUAUGUCUCGGAUGAAAACGAGUUCAUCGCACAAGAAGAAGGAAGAGCAAUAGAUAGAGAUCAAGAAGCUCAAGGUGAGCAACUGGAUGUUGCACGCCACAGUUUCUUGAGAAGACAGCAAAGAAGAUGCGCGAAAAUCAUUGAGGAAAUGGGACUCACCAAAUUCUCAGAAACCAUGGACUUUCUCUCUCCUGAGCUUGUGAGAGAGUUUUUUUGCGUCGGUGGAGCUUUAUACAAGAAACCGAGGAUUCCCAAGCCGAAUGAAGGGGUUUUGAAGUUUGUUUGUAAUGGAUAUGCCUUUAGCCUCACCAUUACCGAGGUUUGUGAGAUUUAUGGAUUUCGGUACGGAAGCGAGACCAAGUUUGGAGACUUCGCUAGCGCGGAUUCUUUUUGGAAUACGAUAGAUAAGGAGAAUGCAAAUGGAAAUCUCAAUGCUAAAAAGAAUCCCAAAUCUUCUCUCAUUCGGAAUCCUGCAGUCUGCUACAUCCACAGGUUACUCGGCAACACCUUCUUCGCAAGGAAGCAAUUUGGAGCUGUUAGGCAAGACGAAUUGUGGUUACUCUUCAUGGGCGUGAGAAGAUAUAUGGUGGACGAACAUUGUGCGAUGUUCAGUGAUGUUGAGGUCAAAGACGUCAACUUGGGAUCAAAAUCGACCUCGUCAGUUGCUACCAAGAACCAGAGCAAGGGAAGCUCAACCGCGAAUAUUUUGUACUGGCCGAAUUUCUCGAGGAUACAACGGAUGCGAGGGAACAUCGCUAUGUGUACACCAAUCGCAAAACACGAAAAACGCUCUUUCCCACUCCCCAACACCGACUUGACAUCGAUCACAUCACUCGCCAGCAUUUGUUUUGAGCACAAGGGAGAAGAUCUUACUGUUUUUGUUCCAACGGGCAAAAGAGGCAAAACCGAGGAACCUGAAACCGAUGAGCCACAAGCUGUAAGUGAUCCUUGGGAACUCCUGGAAUUACCUUUCGACCCAAAGACGGAACAGGAGAAGAUCUUCUACAAUGCUUACAAGAUCCAAAAGACGAUGAACAAGAUGGCCAAGAACAAGUUUAAUUGGAUAAAGUCAAAAUUAAGGAAGUUUCCUGGUUAUGUCUCGGAUGAAGACGAGUUCAUCGCACAAGAAGAAGGACGAGCAAUAGGUAGAGAACAAGAAGCUCAUGGUGAGCAAUUGGAUGUUGACAGCAAAGAAGAUGUGCGAAAGAUCAUUGAGGAAAUGGGACUCACCAAAUUCUCAGAAACCUUGGACUCCCUCUAUCCUGAGCUUGUGAGAGAGUUCUUUGCGUCGGUGGAGCUUAUAUACAAGAAACCGAGGAUUCCCAAGCCGGAUGAAGGGGGUUUUGAAACCAAGUUCGGAGACUUCGCUAGCGCGGAUUCCUUUUGGAAUACGAUAGCUAAGGAGAAUGCUAAUGGAAAUCUCAAUGCCAAAAAGAAUCCCAAAUCUUCUCUCAUUCGGAAUCCUGCAAUCCGCUACAUCCACAAGUUACUCGGCAACACCUUCUUUGCAAGGAAGCAAUUUGGAGGGGUUAGGCAAGACGAAUUGUGGUUACUCUUCAUGGGCGUGAGAAGAUAUAUGGUGGACGAACAUUGUGCGAUGUUUAGUGAUGUUGAGGUCAAAGACGUCAACUUGGGAUCAAAAUUAACCUCGUCAGUUGCUACCAAGAACCAGAGCAAGGGAAGCUCAACCGCGAAUAUUUUGUACUGGCCGAAUUUCUCGAGGACACAACGGAUGCGAGGGAACAUCGCUAUGUGUACACCAAUCGCAAAACACGAAAAACGCUCCAUCCCACUCCCCAACACCGACUUGACAUCGGUCACAUCACUCGCCAACAUUUGUUUUAAGCACAAGGGAGAAGAUCUUACUGUUUUGGUUACAAAGAGCAAAAGAGGCAAAACCAAGGAACCUGAAACCGAUGAGCCACAAGCCGUAAGUGAUCUUUGGGAACUCCCGGAAUUACCUUUCGAGCCAAAGAUGGAACGGGAGAAGAUCUUCUACAAUGCUUACAAGAUCCAAAAGACGAUGAAAAAGAUGGCCAAGAACAAGUUUAAUUGGAUAAAGUCAAAGUUAAGGAAGAUAUCUAGCUAUGUCUCGGAUGAAAACGAGUUCAUCGCACAAGAAGAAGGACGAGCAAUAGAUAGAGAUCAAGAAGCUCAAGGUGAGCAACUGGAUGUUGCACGCCACAGUUUCUUGAGAAGACAACAAAGAAGAUGCGCGAAAAUCAUUGAGGAAAUGGGACUCACCAAAUUCUCAGAAACCAUGGACUUUCUCUGUCCUGAGCUUGUGAGAGAGUUUUUUGCGUCGGUGGAGCUUAUAUACAAGAAACCGAGGAUUCCCAAGCCGGAUGAAGGGGUUUUGGAGUUUGUUUGUAAUGGAUAUGCCUUUAGCCUCACCAUUGCCGAGGUUUGUGAGAUUUAUGGAUUUCGGUACGGAAGCGAGACCAUGUUCGGAGACUUCGCUAGCGCGGAUUCUUUUUGGAAUACGAUAGAUAAGGAGAAUGCUAAUGGAAAUCUCAAUGCUAAAAAGAAUCCCAAAACUUCUCUCAUUCGGAAUCCUGCAGUCCGCUACAUCCAAAGGUUACUCGGCAACACCUUCUUCGCAAGGAAGCAAUUUGGAGCUGUUAGGCAAGACGAAUUGUGGUUACUCUUCAUGGGCGUGAGAAGAUAUAUGGUGGACGAACAUUGUGCGAUGUUCAGUGAUGUUGAGGUCAAAGACGUCAACUUGGGGUGUGUUUUUGCUAAGGAGUUAACUAAGAUUCGAGCAUGGGGAAGAACCACUAGGGAACCCGAUUGCUUCAUGGGAAGUAUGCUAACACCGAUCUUACGUAAGAUCAAAAUCGACCUCGUCAGUUGCUACCAAGAACCAGAGCAAGGGAAGCUCAACCGCGAAUAUUUUGUACUGCUGAAUUUCUCGAGGAUACAACGGAUGCGAGGGAACAUCGCUAUGUGUACACCAAUCGCAAAACCCGAAAAACGCUCUUUCCCACUCCCCAACACCGACUUGACAUCGAUCACAUCACUCGUUAACAUUUGUUUUGAGCACAAGGGAGAAGAUCUUACUGUUUUGGUUCCAACGGGCAAAAGAGGCAAAACCGAGGAACCUGAAACCGAUGAGCCACAAGCUGUAAGUGAUCCUUGGGAACUCCUUGAAUUACCUUUCGACCCAAAGACGGAACAGGAGAAGAUCUUCUACAAUGCUUACAAGAUCCAAAAGACGAUGAACAAGAUGGCCAAGAACAAGUUUAAUUGGAUAAAGUCAAAAUUAAGGAAGAUUCCUGGUUAUGUCUCGGAUGAAGACGAGUUCAUCGCACAAGAAGAAGGACGAGCAAUAGGUAGAGAACAAGAAGCUCAUGGUGAGCAAUUGGAUGUUGACAACAAAGAAGAUAUGCGAAAGAUCAUUGAGGAAAUGGGACUCACCAAAUUCUCAGAAACCUUGGACUCUCUCUAUCCUGAGCUUGUGAGAGAGUUCUUUGCGUCGGUGGAGCUUAUAUACAAGAAACCGAGGAUUCCCAAGCCGGAUGAAGGGACCAAGUUCGGAGACUUCGCUAGCGCGGAUUCCUUUUGGAAUACGAUAGCUAAGGAGAAUGCUAAUGGAAAUCUCAAUGCCAAAAAGAAUCCCAAAUCUUCUCUCAUUCGGAAUCCUGCAAUCCGCUACAUCCACAAGUUACUCGGCAACACCUUCUUUGCAAGGAAGCAAUUUGGAGGGGUUAGGCAAGACGAAUUGUGGUUACUCUUCAUGGGCGUGAGAAGAUAUAUGGUGGACGAACAUUGUGCGAUGUUUAGUGAUGUUGAGGUCAAAGACGUCAACUUGGGAUCAAAAUUAACCUCGUCAGUUGCUACCAAGAACCAGAGCAAGGGAAGCUCAACCGCGAAUAUUUUGUACUGGCCGAAUUUCUCGAGGACACAACGGAUGCGAGGGAACAUCGCUAUGUGUACACCAAUCGCAAAACACGAAAAACGCUCCAUCCCACUCCCCAACACCGACUUGACAUCGGUCACAUCACUCGCCAACAUUUGUUUUAAGCACAAGGGAGAAGAUCUUACUGUUUUGGUUACAAAGAGCAAAAGAGGCAAAACCAAGGAACCUGAAACCGAUGAGCCACAAGCCGUAAGUGAUCUUUGGGAACUCCCGGAAUUACCUUUCGAGCCAAAGAUGGAACGGGAGAAGAUCUUCUACAAUGCUUACAAGAUCCAAAAGACGAUGAAAAAGAUGGCCAAGAACAAGUUUAAUUGGAUAAAGUCAAAGUUAAGGAAGAUAUCUAGCUAUGUCUCGGAUGAAAACGAGUUCAUCGCACAAGAAGAAGGACGAGCAAUAGAUAGAGAUCAAGAAGCUCAAGGUGAGCAACUGGAUGUUGCACGCCACAGUUUCUUGAGAAGACAACAAAGAAGAUGCGCGAAAAUCAUUGAGGAAAUGGGACUCACCAAAUUCUCAGAAACCAUGGACUUUCUCUGUCCUGAGCUUGUGAGAGAGUUUUUUGCGUCGGUGGAGCUUAUAUACAAGAAACCGAGGAUUCCCAAGCCGGAUGAAGGGGUUUUGGAGUUUGUUUGUAAUGGAUAUGCCUUUAGCCUCACCAUUGCCGAGGUUUAUAAGGAGAAUGCUAAUGGAAAUCUCAAUGCUAAAAAGAAUCCCAAAACUUCUCUCAUUCGGAAUCCUGCAGUCCGCUACAUCCAAAGGUUACUCGGCAACACCUUCUUCGCAAGGAAGCAAUUUGGAGCUGUUAGGCAAGACGAAUUGUGGUUACUCUUCAUGGGCGUGAGAAGAUAUAUGGUGGACGAACAUUGUGCGAUGUUCAGUGAUGUUGAGGUCAAAGACGUCAACUUGGGGUGUGUUUUUGCUAAGGAGUUAACUAAGAUUCGAGCAUGGGGAAGAACCACUAGGGAACCCGAUUGCUUCAUGGGAAGUAUGCUAACACCGAUCUUACGUAAGAUCAAAAUCGACCUCGUCAGUUGCUACCAAGAACCAGAGCAAGGGAAGCUCAACCGCGAAUAUUUUGUACUGCUGAAUUUCUCGAGGAUACAACGGAUGCGAGGGAACAUCGCUAUGUGUACACCAAUCGCAAAACCCGAAAAACGCUCUUUCCCACUCCCCAACACCGACUUGACAUCGAUCACAUCACUCGUUAACAUUUGUUUUGAGCACAAGGGAGAAGAUCUUACUGUUUUGGUUCCAACGGGCAAAAGAGGCAAAACCGAGGAACCUGAAACCGAUGAGCCACAAGCUGUAAGUGAUCCUUGGGAACUCCUUGAAUUACCUUUCGACCCAAAGACGGAACAGGAGAAGAUCUUCUACAAUGCUUACAAGAUCCAAAAGACGAUGAACAAGAUGGCCAAGAACAAGUUUAAUUGGAUAAAGUCAAAAUUAAGGAAGAUUCCUGGUUAUGUCUCGGAUGAAGACGAGUUCAUCGCACAAGAAGAAGGACGAGCAAUAGGUAGAGAACAAGAAGCUCAUGGUGAGCAAUUGGAUGUUGACAACAAAGAAGAUAUGCGAAAGAUCAUUGAGGAAAUGGGACUCACCAAAUUCUCAGAAACCUUGGACUCUCUCUAUCCUGAGCUUGUGAGAGAGUUCUUUGCGUCGGUGGAGCUUAUAUACAAGAAACCGAGGAUUCCCAAGCCGGAUGAAGGGACCAAGUUCGGAGACUUCGCUAGCGCGGAUUCCUUUUGGAAUACGAUAGCUAAGGAGAAUGCUAAUGGAAAUCUCAAUGCCAAAAAGAAUCCCAAAUCUUCUCUCAUUCGGAAUCCUGCAAUCCGCUACAUCCACAAGUUACUCGGCAACACCUUCUUUGCAAGGAAGCAAUUUGGAGGGGUUAGGCAAGACGAAUUGUGGUUACUCUUCAUGGGCGUGAGAAGAUAUAUGGUGGACGAACAUUGUGCGAUGUUUAGUGAUGUUGAGGUCAAAGACGUCAACUUGGGGUGUGUUUUUGAUAAGGAGUUAACUAAGAUCCGAGCAUGGGGAAGAAGCAUUAGUGAACCCGAUUGCUUCAUGGGAAGUAUGCUAACACCGAUUUUCCGUAAGAUCAACAUUGACCUCGUCAGUUGCUACCAACAACCAAAGCAAGGGAAGCUCAACCGCGAAUAUUUUGUACUGGCCGAAUUUCUCGAGGACACAACGGAUGCGAGGGAACAUCGCUAUGUGUACACCAAUCGCAAAACACGAAAAACGCUCCUUCCCACUCCCCAACACCGACUUGACAUCGGCAAAACCAAGGAACCUGAAACCGAUGAGCCACAAGCCGUAAGUGAUCUUUGGGAUCUCCCAGAAUUACCUUUCGAUCCAAAGAUGGAACGGGAGAAGAUCUUCUACAAUGCUUACAAGAUCCAAAAGACGAUGAAAAAGAUGGCCAAGACCAAGUUUAAUUGGAUAAAGUCAAAGUUAAGGAAGAUAUCUAGUUAUGUCUCGGAUGAAAACGAGUUCAUCGCACAAGAAGAAGGACGAGCAAUAGAUAGAUAUCAAGAAGCUCAAGGUGAGCAACUGGAUGUUGUCAAGACGCGGAUUUUGCGUGCUUCGAAACAAUCAACAUUCACCCCACCCGCUUUAGCACGCCACAGUUUCUUGAGAAGACAGCAAAGAAGAUGCGCGAAAAUCAUUGAGGAAAUGGGACUCACCAAAUUCUCAGAAACCAUGGACUUUCUCUCUCCUGAGCUUGUGAGAGAGUUUUUUGCGUCGGUGGAGCUUAUAUACAAGAAACCGAGGAUUCCCAAGCCGGAUGAAGGGGUUUUGAAGUUUGUUUGUAAUGGAUAUGCCUUUAGCCUCACCAUUGCCGAGGUUUGUGAGAUUUAUGGAUUUCGGUACGGAAGCGAGACCAAGUUCGGAGACUUCGCUAGCGCGGAUUCUUUUUGGAAUACGAUAGAUAAGGAGAAUGCUAAUGGAAAUCUCAAUGCUAAAACGAAUCCCAAAUCUUCUCUCAUUCGGAAUCCUGCAGUCCGCUACAUCCAUAGGUUACUCGGCAACACCUUCUUCGCAAGGAAGCAAUUUGGAGCUGUUAGGCAAGACGAAUUGUGGUUACUCUUCAUGGGCGUGAGAAGAUAUAUGGUGGACGAACAUUGUGCGAUGUUCAGUGAUGUUGAGGGAACCCGAUUGCUUCAUGGGAAGUAUGCUAACACCGAUUUCCGUAAGAUCAAAAUUGACCUCGUCAGUUGCUACCAAGAACCAGAGCAAGGGAAGCUCAACCGCGAAUAUUUUGUACUGCUGAAUUUCUCGAGGAUACAACGGAUGCGAGGGAACAUCGCUAUGUGUACACCAAUCGCAAAACACGAAAAACGCUCUUUCCCACUCCCUAACACCGACUUGACAUCGAUCACAUCACUCGUUAACAUUUGUUUUGAGCACAAGGGAGAAGAUCUUACUGUUUUGGUUCCAACGGGCAAAAGAGGCAAAACCGAGGAACCUGAAACCGAUGAGCCACAAGCUGUAAGUGAUCCUUGGGAACUCCUGGAAUUACCUUUCGACCCAAAGACGGAACAGGAGAAGAUCUUCUACAAUGCUUUCAAGAUCCAAAAGACGAUGAACAAGAUGGCCAAGAACAAGUUUAAUUGGAUAAAGUCAAAAUUAAGGAAUAUUCCUUGUUAUGUCUCGGAUGAAGACGAGUUCAUCGCACAAGAAGAAGGACGAGCAAUAGAUAGAGAUCAAGAAGCUCAUGGUGAGCAACUGGAUGUUGGCAAGAGGCGGAUUUUGCGUGCUUCGAAACUAUCAACAUUCACCCCACCCGCUUUAGCACGCCACAGUUUCUUGAGAAGACAGCAAAGAAGAUGCGCGAAAAUCAUUGAGGAAAUGGGACUCACCAAAUUCUCAGAAACCAUGGACUUUCUCUCUCCUGAGCUUGUGAGAGAGUUUUUUGCGUCGGUGGAGCUUAUAUACAAGAAACCGAGGAUUCCCAAGCCGGAUGAAGGGGUUUUGAAGUUUGUUUGUAAUGGAUAUGCCUUUAGCCUCACCAUUGCCGAGGUUUGUGAGAUUUAUGGAUUUCGGUACGGAAGCGAGACCAAGUUCGGAGACUUCGCUAGCGCGGAUUCUUUUUGGAAUACGAUAGAUAAGGAGAAUGCUAAUGGAAAUCUCAAUGCUAAAAAGAAUCCCAAAUCUUCUCUCAUUCGGAAUCCUGCAGUCCGCUACAUCCAUAGGUUACUCGGCAACACCUUCUUCGCAAGGAAGCAAUUUGGAGCUGUUAGGCAAGACGAAUUGUGGUUACUCUUCAUGGGCGUGAGAAGAUAUAUGGUGGACGAACAUUGUGCGAUGUUCAGUGAUGUUGAGGUCAAAGACGUCAACUUGGGGUGUGUUUUUGCUAAGGAGUUAACUAAGAUUCGAGCAUGGGGAAGAACCACUAGGGAACCCGAUUGCUUCAUGGGAAGUAUGCUAACACCGAUCUUCCGUAAGAUCAAAAUCGACCUCGUCAGUUGCUACCAAGAACCAGAGCAAGGGAAACUCAACCGCGAAUAUUUUGUACUGGCCGAAUUUCUCGAGGAUACAACGGAUGCGAGGGAACAUCGCUAUCACAAGGGAGAAGAUCUUACUGUUUUGGUUUCAACGGGCAAAAGAGGCAAAACCGAGGAACCUGAAACCGAUGAGCCACAAGCUGUAAGUGAUCCUUGGGAACUCCUGGAAUUACCUUUCGACCCAAAGACGGAACAGGAGAAGAUCUUCUACAAUGCUUACAAGAUCCAAAAGACGAUGAACAAGAUGGCCAAGAACAAGUUUAAUUGGAUAAAGUCAAAAUUAAGGAAGAUUCCUUGUUAUGUCUCGGAUGAAGACGAGUUCAUCGCACAAGAAGAAGGACGAGCAAUAGGUAGAGAACAAGAAGCUCAUGGUGAGAAAUUGGAUGUUGACAUCAAAGAAGAUGUGAGAAAGAUCAUUGAGGAAAUGGGACUCACCAAAUUCUCAGAAACCUUGGACUCUCUCUAUCCUGAGCUUGUGAGAGAGUUCUUUGCGUCGGUGGAGCUUAUAUACAAGAAACCGAGGAUUCCCAAGCCGGAUGAAGGGGUUUUGAAGUUUGUUUGUAAUGGAUAUGCCUUUAGCCACACCAAUGCUGAGGUUUGUGAGAUUUAUAGAUUUCGGUACGGAAGCGAGACCAAGUUCGGAGACUUCGCUAGCGCGGAUUCCUUUUGGAAUACGAUAGCUAAGGAGAAUGCUAAUGGAAAUCUCAAUGCUAAAAAGAAUCCCAAAUUUUCUCUCAUUCGGAAUUCCGCAAUCCGCUACAUCCACAGGUUACUCAGCAACACCUUCUUCGCAAAGAAGCAAUUUGGAGGGCUUAGGCAAGACGAAUUAUGUUUACUCUUCAUGGGCGUGAGAAGAUAUAUGGUGGACGAACAUUGUGCGAUUUUCAGUGAUGUUGAGGUCAAAGACAUCAACUUGGCGUGUGUUUUUGCUAAGGAGUUAACUAAGAUCCGAGCAUGGGGAAGAACCACUAGUGAACCCGAUUGCUUCAUGGGAAGUAUGCUAACAUCGAUCUUCCGUAAGAUCAAAAUCGACCUCGUUAGUUGCUACCAAGAACCAGAGCAAGGGAUGCGAGGGAACAUCGCUAUUAGUACUGGCCGAAUUUCUCGAGGACACAACGGAUGCGAGGGAACAUCGCUAUUACACAAGGGAGAAGAUCUUACUGUUUUGGUUACAAAGAGCAAAAGAGGCAAAACCAAGGAACCUGAAACCGAUGAGCCACAAGCCAUGGCCAAGAACAAGUUUAAUUGGAUAAAGUCAAAGUUAAGGAAGAUAUCUAGUUAUGUCUCGGAUGAAAACGAGUUCAUCGCACAAGAAGAAGGACGAGCAAUAGAUAGAGAUCAAGAUGCUCAUGGUGAGCAACUGGAUGUUGGACUCAAAGAAGAUGUGCAAAAGAUCAUUGAGGAAAUGGGACUCACCAAAUUCUCAGAAACCAUGGACUUUCUCUAUCCUGAGCUUGUGAGAGAGUUUUUUGCGUCGGUGGAGCUUAUAUACAAGAAACUGAGGAUUCCCAAGCCGGAUAAAAGGGUUUUGAAGUUUGUUUGUAAUGGAUAUGCCUUUAGCCUCACCAUUGCCGAGGUUUGUGAGAUUUAUGGAUUUCAGUACGAAAGCGAGACCAAGUUCGGAGACUUCGCUAGCGCAGAUUCCUUUUGGAAUACGAUAGCUAAAGAGAAUGCUAAUGGAAAUCUCAAUGCUAAAAAGAAUCCCAAAUUUUCUCUCAUUCGGAAUCCUGCAAUCCGCUACAUCCACAGGUUACUCGGCAACACCUUCUUCGCAAGUAAGCAAUUUGGAGGGGUUAGGCAAGACGAAUUUUGGUUACUCUUCAUGGGCGUGAGAAGAUAUAUGGUGGACGAACAUUGUGCGAUGUUCAGUGAUGUUGAGGUCAAAGACGUCAACUUGGGGUGUGUUUUUGCUAAGGAGUUAACUAAGAUCCGAGCAUGGGGAAGAACCACUAGUGAACCUGAUUGCUUCAUGGGAAGUAUGCUAACACCGAUCUUCCGUAAGAUCAAAAUCGACCUCGUCAGUUGCUACCAAGAACCAGAGCAAGGGAAGCUCAACCGCGAAUAUUUUGUACUGGCCGAAUUUCUCGAGGACAUAACGGAUGCGAGGGAACAUCGCUAUCACAAGGGAGAAGAUCUUACUGUUUUGGUUCCAAAGAGCAAAAGAGGCAAAACCGAGGACCCUGAAACCGAUGAGCCACAAGCCGUAAGUGAUCUUUGGGAACUCCCGGAAUUACCUUUCGAGCCAAAGAUGGAAUGGGAGAAGAUCUUCUACAAUGCUUACAAGAUCCAAAAGACGAUGAAAAAGAUGGGCAAGAACAAGUUUAAUUGGAUAAAGUCAAAGUUAAGGAAGAUUCCUGGUUAUGUCUCGGAUGAAGACGAGUUCAUCGCACAAGAAGAACGACGAGCAAUAGAUAGAGAUCAAGAAGCUCAUGGUGAGCAACUGGAUGUUGAAGAUGUGCAAAAGAUCAUUGAGGAAAUGAGACUCACCAAAUUCUCAGAAACCAUGGACUUUCUCUAUCCUGAGCUUGUGAGAGAGUUGUUUGCGUCGGUGGAGCUUAUAUACAAGAAACCGAGGAUUCCCAAGCCGAAUGAAGGGGUUUUGAAGUUUGUUUGUAAUGGAUAUGCCUUUAGCCUCACCAUUGCCGAGAAUGCUAAUGGAAAUCUCAAUGCUAAAAAGAAUCCCAAAUCUUCUCUCAUUCGGAAUCCUGCAGUCCGCUACAUCCACAGAUAUAUGGUGGACGAACAUUGUGCGAUGUUCAGUGAUGUUGAGGUCAAAGACGUCAACUUGGGGUGUGUUUUUGCUAAGGAGUUAACUAAGAUCCGAGCAUGGGGAAGAACCACUAGUGAACCCGAUUGCUUCAUGGGAAGUAUGCUAACAUCGAUCUUCCGUAAGAUCAAAAUCGACCUCGUCAGUUGCUACCAAGAACCAGAGCAAGGGAAGCUCAACCGCGAAUAUUUUGUAUUGGCCGAAUUUCUCGAGGACACAACGGAUGCGAGGGAACAUCGCUAUGUGUACACCAAUCGCAAAACACGAAAAACGCUCCUUCCCACUCCCCAAGACCGACUUGACAUCGGCCACAUCACUCGCCAAUAUUUCAAAGAAGAUGUGCGAAAGAUCAUUGAGGAAAUGGGACUCACCAAAUUCUCGGACACCAUGGACUCUCUCUAUCCUGAGCUUGUGAGAGAGUUCUUUGCGUCGGUGGAGCUUAUAUACAAGAAACCGAGGAUUUCCAAGCCGGAUGAAGGGGUUUUGAAGUUUGUUUGUAAUGGAUUUGCCUUUAGCCUCACCAUUGCCGAGAAUAUGAUAGCUAAGGAGAAUGCUAAUGGAAAUCUCAAUGCUAAAAAGAAUCCCAAAUUUUCUCUCAUUCGGAAUCCUGCAAUCCGCUACAUCCACAGGUUACUCGGCAACACUUUCUUCGCAAAGAAGCAGUUUGGAGGAGUUAGGCAAGACGAAUUGUGGUUACUCUUCAUGGGCGUGAGAAGAUAUUUGGUGGACGAACAUUGUGCGUUGUUCAGUGAUUUUGAGGUCAAAGACGUCAACUUGGGGUGUGUUUUUGCUAAGGAGUUAACUAGGAUCCGAGCAUGGGGAAGAACCACUAGUGAACCCGAUUGCUUCAUGGGGAGUAUGCUAACACCGAUCUACCGUAAGAUCAAAAUCGACCUCGUCAGUUGCUACCAAGAACUAGAGCAAAGGACGCUCAACCGCGAAGAUUUUGUAUUGGCCGAAUUUCUCGAGGACACAACGGAUGCGAGGGAACAUCGGUAUGUGUACACCAAUCGCAAACACGAAAAACGCUCCUUCCCACUCCCCAACACCGACUUGACAUCGAUCACAUCACUCGCCAACAUUUGUUUUGAGCACAAGGGGGAAGAUCUUACUGUUUUCGUUCCAAAGGGAAAAAGAGGCAAAACCGAGGAACCUGAAACCGAUGAGCCACAAGCCGUAAGUGAUCUUUGGGAACUCCCGGAAUUACCUUUCGAGCCAAAGAUGGAACGGGAGAAGAUCUUCUACAAUGCUUACAAGAUCCAAAAGACGAUGAAAAAGAUGGCCGAGAACAAGUUUAAAUGGAUAAAGUCAAAGUUAAGGAAGAUAUCUAGUUAUGUCUCGAAUGAAAACGAGUUCAUCGCACAAGAAGAAAGACGAGCAAUAGAUAGAGAUCAAGAUGCUCAUGGUGAGCAACUGGAUGUUGUCAAGAGGCGGAUUUUGCGUUGCUUCGAAACUUUCAACAUUCACCCCACCCGCUUUAGCACGCCACAGUUUCUUGAGAAGACAGGACUCAAAGAAGAUGUGCGAAAGAUCAUUGAGGAAAUGGGACUCACCAAAUUCUCAGAAACCAUGGACUCUCUCUAUCCUGAGCUUGUGAGAGAGUUCUUUGCGUCGGUGGAGCUUAUAUACAAGAAACCGAGGAUUCCCAAGCCGGAUGAAGGGGUUUUGAAGUUUGUUUGUAAUGGAUUUGCCUUUAGCCUCACCAUUGCCGAGAAUACGAUAGCUAAGGAGAAUGCUAAUGGAAAUCUCAAUGCUAAAAAGAAUCCCAAAUUUUCUCUCAUUCGGAAUCCUGCAAUCCGCUACAUCCACAGGUUACUCGGCAACACCUUCUUCGCAAAGAAGCAGUUUGCAGGGGUUAGGCAAGACGAAUUGUGGUUACUCUUCAUGGGCGUGAGAAGAUAUUUGGUGGACGAACAUUGUGCGUUGUUCAGUGAUUUUGAGGUCAAAGACGUCAACUUGGGGUGUGUUUUUGCUAAGGAGUUAACUAGGAUCCGAGCAUGGGGAAGAACCACUAGUGAACCCGAUUGCUUCAUGGGAAGUAUGCUAACACCGAUCUACCGUAAGAUCAAAAUCGACCUCGUCAGUUGCUACCAAGAACCAGAGCAAAGGAAGCUCAACCACGAAGAUUUUGUACUGGCCAAAUUUCUCGAGGACACAACGGAUGCGAGGGAACAUCGAGGCAAAACCGAGGAACCUGAAACCGAUGAGCCACAAGCCGUAAGUGAUCCGUGGGAACUCCUGGAAUUAUCUUUCGAGCCGAAGACGGAACAGGAGAAGAUCUUCUACAAUGCUUACAAGAUCCAAAAUACGAUGAACAAGAUGGCCGAGAACAAGUUUAAUUGGAUAAAGUCAAAGUUAAGGAAGAUUCCUGGUUAUGUCUCGGAUGAAGACGAGUUCAUCGCACAAGAAGAACGACGAGCAAUAGAUAGAUAUCAAGAAGCUCAUGGUGAGCAACUGGAUGUUGGACCCCAAGAAAAUACCGGUUCAAUUCAUGGCCAGUCAAGAGGCGGAUUUUGCGUUGCUUCGAAACUAUUAACAUUCACCCCACCCGCUUUAGCACGCCACAUUUUCUUGAGAAGACAGGACUCAAAGAAGAUGUGCGAAAGAUCAUUGAGGAAAUGGGACUCACCAAAUUCUCAGAAACCAUGGACUUUCUCUAUUGAGCUUGUGAGAGAGUUCUUUGCGUCGGUGGAGCUCAUAUACAAGACACCGAGGAUUCCCAAGCCGGAUGAAGGGGUUUUGAAGUUUGUUUGUAAUGGAUAUGCCUUUAGCCUCACCAUUGCCGAGGUUUGUGAGAUUUAUGGAUUUCGGUACGGAAGCGAGACCAAGUUCGGAGACUUCGCUAGCGCGGAUUCCUUUUGGAAUACGAUAGCUAAGGAGAAUGCUAAUAGAAAUCUCAAUGCUAAAAAGAAUCCCACAUCUUCUCUCAUUCCGAAUCCUGCAAUUCGCUACAUCCACAGGUUACUCGGCAACACCUUCUUCGCAAGGAAGCAAUUUGGAGGGUUUAGGCAAGACGAAUUGUGGUUACUCUUCAUGGGCGUGAGAAGAUAUAUGGUGGACGAACAUUUUGCGAUGUUCAGUGAUGUUGAGGUCAAAGACGUCAACUUGGGGUGUGUUUUUGCUAAGGAGUUAACUAAGAUCCGAGCAUGGGGAAGAACCACUAGUGAACCUGAUUGCUUCAUGGGAAGUAUGCUAACAUCGAUCUUCCGUAAGAUCAAAAUCGACCUCGUCUGUUGCUACCAAGAACCAGAGCAAGGGAAGCUAAACCGCGAAUAUUUUGUACUGGCCGAAUUUCUCGAGGACACAACGGAUACGAGGGAACAUUGCUAUCACAAGGGAGAAGAUCUUACUGUUUUGGUUCCAAAGAACAAAAGAGGCAAAACCGAGGAACCUGAAACCGAUGAGCCACAAGCCGUAAGUGAUCUUUGGGAACUCCCGGAAUUACCUUCCGAGCCAAAGUUGGAACGGGAGAAGAUCUUCUACAAUGCUUACAAGAUCCAAAAGACGAUGAACAAGAUGGCCAAGAACAAGUUUAAUUGGAUAAAGUCAAAGUUAAGGAAGAUUUCUAGUUAUGUCUCGGAUGAAGACGAGUUCAUCGCACAAGAAGAAGGACGAGCAAUAGAUAGAGAUCAAGAAGCUCAUGAUAAAACAAAGAAGGUUGGGGAAGAAGCUUCAAAGGGACUGAGAAAGCGGGUUCGACCUACCAAAUCCGUUCAAAAACCAUCAAAAAAGAGAUUGCAUCUCCAAGAUGAAGCACCGGCUGAAACUUCUCAAGAGGCACCGGCUCAAACUUCUCGAGAGGAUCCCAAGAAAAUACCGGUUCAAUUCACGGCCAGGCAAGUGGCGGAUUUUGAGUGCUUCGAAACUAUCAACAUUCACCCCACCCGCUUUAGCACGCCACAGCUUCUUAAGAAGACAGGACUCAAAGAAGAUGUGCAAAAAUCAUUAAGGAAAUGGGACUCACCAAAUUCUCAGAAACCAUGGACUUUCUCUAUCCUGAGCUUGUGAGAGAGUUUUUUUGCGUCGGUAGAGCUUAUAUACAAGAAACCGAGGAUUCCCAAGCCGGAUGAAGGGGUUUUGAAGUUUGUUUGUAAUGGAUAUGCCUUUAGCCUCACCAUUGCCGAGGUUUGUGAGAUUAAUGG